GGAUUUGACAGAAUUUUCAUAAAUCAUUGAUACAAUAAAGAAGGAUUUAGAACAACUUUUACAAAUACUAGAUUCAAUAAAGUGAGAUUUAGAAAAAAAAAAAUGAAAUUCCUCCAAAUCAUCAAUCCAAUAAGCCACUCUUUGAUCUGGUUUUAUGCUUUUUGAAAAUAAAAAAAGGUCCCACCGAGACUUGAACUCGGGUUACUAGAUUCAGAGUCUAGUGUCCUAACCGCUAGACCAUGGGACCAUUUGUUAACCAAUACUCCAAAUAGUUUUACAAACCAAAAUACAAUGCUCGAGUAUUAUAUGACGAGUGUCACUGGCCCGGAAGCUCUUUUGUGGUGUUACCGUUAUGAAUCAUCUACAUAACUCUUCACAAAGCUUUCUGAUGGGAUUACUGAGAGAGGAAGUAGUGCCUGGGAGGAUUUGUACUGUUAUAUCAAUGCUUUUGAGGAAAAUUGGACAAGCAGAUUUGGCUAUGAAGCUGAUGCAUAGCAAGACUGGGAUUGGUUAUGAGAGGAUGGGUGGUGUCAAGUUUAGAACUUUACUUCAAAGCUUUGUUACUCACUAUUAAAAGAGUUAUACAGUUCAGUCUUUGGUGUGUAUUUGCUUUGUUUGUAACAAAAGAAGCACAAGUUUAUUCCAAUUGAAGUCUUACAAAACCGGAUAAUUUUAGUAAACCGGACCAAAUUUAGAAACUUUUCUGUUGAAAAUGUGCUGAAUACAAAAGGAAGAGAGCACCAUUCAUUUAAAAUGCCUUGAAUUUCUCUGGCGCGCACAUGUGCCAUUAGUUUUGUUAUCUCUCUCUCUCUCUGACUACAAAGAAACCAUUCGUUGAAACCAUUUUCUCAAGCAUUCUUGAUUCCUGUCAAAAUACAAACACACGAAAUGGCACGACAAGAUGCUAAUCCAUUUGCUGAUGAAGAAACCAAUCCUUUUGCGGAUAAUACAAGUGUUCCUCGAGCAAGCAACUCCUCCUAUCUCAAGCCGCUUCCACCUGAACCUCAUGAUCGUGGUGCUACCAUCGAUAUCCCUUUGGAUUCCGAAAAGGUAUCUUCAAUAUCUUCUCCAUUUUUUCCUUUCAAUGUUUGCUCAAAAUCUGGUUUCUGUUUGAAGGAUCUUCGAGCUAAAGAGAUGGAGCUUCAGGCUAAGGAGAACGAGUUGAACCGGAAAGAGCAGGAGCUGAAAAGAAGAGAAGAUGCAAUAGCCAAAACUGGAGUUGUAAUUGAGGAGAAGAACUGGCCAGAUUUUUUCCCUCUAAUUCACCAUGACAUCCCUAACGAGAUUCCAAUACACUUACAGAAGAUUCAAUAUGUCGCAUUCACCACAUUAUUAGGAUUAGUAGGAUGUCUCUUGUGGAAUAUUGUGGCAGUAACUGUAGCUUGGAUCAAAGGAGGAGGUCCCACUAUAUGGCUUAUGUCAAUCAUCUACUUCAUUGCUGGGGUCCCUGGGGCUUACGUCUUGUGGUAUCGUCCUCUUUACCGAGCUUCCAGAACUGAUAGUGCCCUGAAGUUCGGAACUUUCUUUGUGUUUUACGUGUUUCACAUUGCAUUCUGUGGCUUUGCUGCAGUUGCUCCACCAGUCAUCUUUCAAGGAAAAUCUCUCACAGGUUUCUUGCCAGCACUUGAGCUUCUAACUACUAAUGCGGCGGUCGGAGUAAGUAUUUUACUUCUGUUCAUUUACAAGUGCUUACCUUACCAAUAUGUUUUCUCCCUCAUAGAUAUUGUAUUUCAUUGGGGCGGGGUUCUUCUGCAUCGAAACACUUCUCAAUAUCUGGGUGAUUCAGCAAGUAUAUGCCUACUUCCGAGGGAGCGGCAAAGCUGCACAGAUGAAACGCGAAGCUGCAACUUCGACCUUGAUGCGUGCGCUAUGAAAGGCAAACACUCUUCACUUUAGAAUGUAUCAACGGUGGCUUGAGGUCUAGGCUGACAAUUUUUUUUUUUGUUGGAAUUACUUUGUAAAGACUAAAUCAAGUAGUACAUGGGGAGAUCUCAAGCCGAAACUGUGUUGUUCAAUUGUCUAAUGAGAGUCAAUCCAGCUCUGUGCAAUAGUUUUUGCUACUCCUCUCUUCUCACCAUUAACCUACGAACCUUGAGUGCAUCACCAUGGCGACCUAUCCACUUGUACAUGUUACUUAGAAGUUGUCCUUUCUGACAGUAUCCUCCAAGUAAGGCAGACCAAGAUACCGUGUUCUUCUUAGACAUCCCAUUGAACACUUGCCUAGCUUCCCCCGAUCCGCAUUUACCAUACAUAUCCAAAAGACUACUCUCCAUAACAAUCACCCG